UUUAUAUGCAGCUUUGUACGGGGUGGGGGAUUAAGAGAGCGUGCACACAACGCGGUGUUAUUCAUAUCUGUCUCUCUGAUUACCCUAGAACAACUUAUUAAAGUGUACUUUUGGGGGAAUUUUUAGAGGUUGUCCACCAAGAAAUGCUAUCUCGGCUUCUUCUGGCCCGAUGUAAAUAAUUUUAGGAUGGAAAAGGCUCCCUGGGGAACUUUUCAGGAUGAGCUUGACUGGUGUAUCCAGCAACUUCAGACAAACUUGUUGUUGCACAGCAAUCCACAGGGAGCUGAAGAAAAUAAACACGUGCUUAGCGUGUUGCAGUCAAAGACGACACCUUCUGUGAAGAAGAGGCAGAUUAUGCAGAUAGUUUUUGGGGACUACAGGCAAAAAAUGACAGAUGACCACAAAGCACAAGAGGACAUGGUCAGGGAGACCAUCCAGGAGAGCAGCGAGGGAAGUGGCUUCAGUUGGGUGCCCAACAACAACUCCUUCAUGUUCAACUUCUUCUCGGAUGGAACAGCGGAGCAACUUGAGGAAACCCCAGUGACAACUCGGCUUCCGCAGGAAUCAGGAAGUCAGAUAAACUCUGUUCCUUUAACAGGAGAAGGAGCAGACUUCGCUUUUAACUUCCAGAUACCCUCAAAAAGUCCUGAGACUGAGAACGGGGGGAAUCCGGUCAGCUCCAUGGAUGUUGCUGUGCCAGCAGAUGGCAGAGAUGCCAGCUCUGAGAAUCUGCGGGACGUUGAACAAAAUACCACGGCUGUCAAGAAAAAGAACAAGAAGAAAAAGCAAGAGGGAUCUGAAGGCCAGAAGAAACCACCACCAGCUUCUCAGGAUGCAGCGACCAGCAACUCGGGGCAAAGUGUGCUGAGUUCAGAGCAGCAGCUGAUCAGGGAGCUUGACUGGUGCAUUGAACAGCUGGAACUGGGCCUAAGGACUCAAAAGUCUACUCCUAAACAGACGGAGGAGGCCUCUCGUGCACUGAAAACUUUGCAUAGCAGCAAAGCUCCUCUGGUGAAGAAGAGGCAGGUGAUGAGGGCAAUGUUUGGCGACUACAGGAAAAAGAUGGCGGAUGAAAAAGCCAAGCAGCUUAAAAUGCUUCAAGCUGACAUGAAGUCAGCCCACGUCACAGCAGUGUUGACACCUGCCAAGAAGCCGGUUUUCCACAGAAAAGCGGAGUGCAGAAAACAGGUCAAAGAAGAGAAGCUGAGUAUGCAGAGCCAGGACAGCAGCUCUGAGGACAGCGGGAAGGCGUUUGUUUUCACCCCUGCGGAAGAGGAGUUCCGCUUUAACUUCUUCUGACUUUGAUCACAAAUAUCUGACAGGAAUGUUUUUGCUUCUAGUUAAUGUAUAGGAUUUCUACAACAAUUUAUAAUUGUUUGGUUAAUGGGUUCGAAUCCAGGGUUAUUGUAAAUCAGAAGCAAUGAAAAAGAAAUUUGUACCUCUCAAAGAAGUUUAUGAAAUAUGAAAAAAAACAAGUGUUUUUUUUUG